CAAGGUACAUGGCAACGAACAAGUUAGUAAAGUUAGUUAAGAUCCCUGGACUACUCCGCUACAGUGAGGGUCUCAAACUUCAACAUAGACUGUGGACUCUGUCCAAAGAUCACCGUCUCAACUAUCUUAUCCUAUGUGAGCACAGUCCAGUUUACACGUUUGGGAAGAGACAAUCACAAGGUGAUCUCUCAAUUGAGAUAGGAAGACUCCAGGGACUUGGUGCAGAAUGUCAUACCACGCCGCGCGGUGGACUCACUACAUUCCACGGGCCCGGACAGUUGGUGUGCUACCCUAUAUUGAACCUGAGGAACUUUAAAUCAAGUGCUAAAUGGUACAUUAACCAGCUGGAAGAACUCGUUAUCUCCACGUGUGGUGAAAUGGGGGUGAGCGCUGCGCGGUGUGAGCACGUGGGGAUCUGGGUGGGAGCCAACAAGGUGUGUGCGCUUGGUGUCAAUAUCCGGACCCGCUGUACCACACACGGGUUAGCACUGAACUGUAGCACGGACCUGGACUGGUUCGAGAGUAUAGUGCCGUGUGGUAUUGAGGGGAGAGGGGUCACGAGUUUGUCACGUGAGAAGGGGAGGGAGGUGGGGGUGGAGGGAGUUAGUGAGGUUAUGGUGAGGGAGUUUCAAACGAUCAUGGAAUGUACCGUCGUCAAGUGA